AUGUCACCCAAGGCAAAGACCAUACGGAAUGCCAAAUCCUAUGAUGCAAAGACCAAUGGGACCAUACCCAUUGCAAAAGCAUAUGAUGCAAAGACCAAUGGGGCCAUACCCUGUGCCAAAUCCCAUGAUGCAAAGACCAAUAGGGCCAUACCCAAUGCAAAAUCCCAUGAUGCAAAGACCAAUGGGGCCAUACGGAAUGCCAAAUCCUAUGAUGCAAAGACCAAUGAGGCCAUACCCUGUGCCAAAUCCCAUGAUGCAAAGACCAAUGGGGCCAUACCCAAUGCAAAAUCCCAUGAUGCAAAGACCAAUGGGGCCAUACGGAAUGCCAAAUCCUAUGAUGCAAAGACCAAUGGGGCUAUACCCAUUGCAAAAGCCUAUGAUGCAAAGACCAAUGAGGCCAUACCCAUUGCAAAAGCCUAUGAUGCAAAGACCAAUGAGGCCAUACGGAAUGCCAAAUUCUAUGAUGCAAAGACCAAUGGGGCCAUACCCUGUACCAAAUCCCAUGAUGAAAAGACCAGUGGGGCUCUACCCAUUGCAAAAGCCUAUGAUGCAAAGACCAAUGGGGACAUACCCUGUGCCAAAUCCAAUGAUGCAACGAGCAAUGGGACAGCCCUGCGCACCAAGUGCAAGCAUGCCUUGCCCUCCAAUGCCUCAAAUGCAAAUGAGUCCCUUUGUGCAAAGCAAUCCUUAUCUUCAAGGACUUCAAAUGUGGCGACAAAAGCAACUAAUGCAAAGACAAGCAAAACAUAA